GCCACAUUCCCCGCCUGAGCCCUAAACUGAAACGAACUGCCCCUAGAUUUUUAUUCAUGCUCAAUUAGGGCGAAAAUACAUUCAUCGUAUUUAUAGGCUAAACAAAUUCGUGUAAUUGAUAAGAUUUCUUCCUAAAGGAAGAAAUUCGGCCGAGCAAAUACAUUUUAACAUUGGGCCUUACCGCUGGUUGUCCCACGUGCUUUCACAAACCAAUCCCCCUCCCCCUCGGCUACAUCACUAUCACCAUGGCAACAGAGGAGAAGAAACCAGAAACUGAGGCCACUAAAACGUCAUCUGCAUCUGCCAGCCAGAGUAAGUCGGCACCAGUCAAGCCCAACUACACCCUGAAAUUCACCUUAGCCGGCCACACAAAAGCAGUUUCGUCUGUCAAGUUCAGUCCCAGUGGAGAGUGGCUCGCCAGUUCAUCUGCUGACAAACUGAUAAAAAUUUGGGGAGCUUACGAUGGAAAGUUUGAGAAAACAAUAUCGGGACACAAACUUGGGAUCUCAGAUGUCGCCUGGUCCUCAGACUCCAACCUCCUGGUUUCAGCAUCUGAUGACAAGACUCUAAAGAUCUGGGACGUCAGCUCGGGGAAAUGUUUGAAGACGUUGAAAGGCCACAGCAACUAUGUCUUCUGCUGCAACUUUAAUCCGCAGUCCAAUCUCAUCGUGUCUGGAUCAUUUGACGAGAGCGUGCGGAUAUGGGAUGUUAAAACCGGCAAAUGCUUGAAGACCCUGCCGGCCCACUCUGACCCAGUCUCUGCAGUCCAUUUCAACAGAGAUGGCUCAUUGAUUGUGUCUAGCAGCUACGAUGGCCUAUGCCGAAUCUGGGACACAGCAUCGGGACAAUGUCUGAAAACACUAAUUGAUGACGACAACCCCCCGGUGUCUUUUGUGAAGUUCUCACCAAACGGAAAAUACAUUCUGGCUGCCACAUUGGACAACACCCUGAAGCUUUGGGAUUACAGCAAAGGAAAGUGCUUGAAAACAUACACCGGCCACAAAAACGAAAAGUACUGCAUAUUUGCAAAUUUCUCUGUCACCGGUGGAAAGUGGAUUGUCUCUGGCUCGGAGGACAACAUGGUGUACAUCUGGAACCUGCAGACCAAGGAGAUCGUACAGAAACUACAGGGCCAUACAGAUGUGGUGAUUUCUACUGCCUGCCACCCCACAGAGAACAUCAUUGCGUCUGCGGCGCUAGAAAACGACAAAACCAUCAAACUGUGGAGGAGCGACUGCUAAGCCACCGGGCGUGCUUAUUGUAUUUUCAUUUUAUUGUACUUUUCAUUUGACUGUUUUUAGCUGGAUCCGAAUGCCUUGAGGACUGAGCCUCAACUAGAAGAAGAAAAAGAACGCAAGUCCAGAACAUCACCACAACCACACACCUACCCUUCAUCCAGAACCAGAGCAAACCCCAACUCAACCACCACAACCCUCUUCCUGGUCUUGCUUGUGCCCUUACAUGCUCUACUAUCUCUGCCUUACUCUUACUGUGAGCUGGAUGUUUGUGUUUCAUCAAUUGGAAUAUGAGAAUUUCCAAUAUUCGUAAUUAAACAGUCAGUAUGAAGAGGAGUUGAAACAAAGCUUCAUACACGGGAGUGCUUGAGGUUCAUUUUGUUUUGUUGUAUUUAUUAUAAAACAAUCUAUUCAAAGCUCAGAAUGCAUUGAAGGGGUUAAAUACAUUUUUUACAUACAAUCUAUUUCAACAAGGAGUUAAGUUUUGCCAGCAGUUUCUCAACCACUUCUCUACAAGUCACUUAAGUAACAGUUUCUCUAGUUUGGUAUCGACACUACGCUCGGACACAGCGAAGCGCUGCCUUGCUUUGAACUCACUUCUACAUCUACAUACAACUACAUACACUUUGAACUCACUUCUACAUCUACAUACAACUAGGUGUAUUCUGAUUCUGUAUAAUACAUUGUUGGUGCUCAACUGAUCCCUCUAGAAUUCACAGGUGUAAACGGUGGGUUGAGAAGUAUAUCGACAAGAGCCUACUUUGAAGGGGCUCUUGCCUGUACUUUCAGUGCAUUUUACUGGUCUCAACUCCAUCCUUAUAUUCAAAGCAAUGUCAAUUGUGAGGAAAGAAAUUAACUCAGAGGCUGUUUUUGUUUUUCAUUUCAAUUAUUAUUUUAGAGCUGCCUUGCACUGUUCUUAUGUUGAUCCUGACUCGGUGUCUGGCUGUCAUUAUGUUAACACAACCUGGUGUAGAUUUCAAAGCACAGUGACCAAAUGCAAGUAUUUUUGUGCUCCCCAUUCUGUACAUACUGCUACAUCAACAUGUGUAUUGUUAAGACGAGCAAUAUGUUGGCUGUCUUUCUGUAUCGUUCUUGUUUAACUGUCUUGAUAGCUAGUAGUUCAAUACACAACAUGGACUUGUUUUACUGCUCUCCCUUCUGGAUGUUCAUUGCACUGCAGUGGUAUCAAGGACUGCAUGGAAUUCUGUGUCUGCAUUUAGUCAAUCUGGAUUUUGUGAAUUUGCAUUUGACAGCUAUACCUUGUGAAUUAAUAAAGAGCAUUUUUUAAGAUGUUAAA